AUGUCCUUUGAGAGCGCCAGGCUCAGCAUGAGAAACAGGAGGAAUGGCAUGCUGGACAGCACGCGGACCCUGUGCUCCAGCGCCUCGCGGAGCACGGACGUGUCCUACAGUGAGGGCGACUUGGUGAAUUUUAUUCAAGCAAAUUUUAAGAAACGGGAAUGUAUCUUCUUCACCAAAGAUUCCAAGGCCACGGAAAACGUGUGCAAGUGUGGCUAUGCCCAGAGCCAGCACAUCGAAGGCACUCAGAUCAACCAAAACGAGAAAUGGAAUUACAAGAAACACACCAAGGAAUUUCCAACUGACGCCUUUGGGGAUAUUCAGUUUGAGACCCUGGGGAAGAAAGGGAAGUACAUCCGAUUGUCCUGUGACACCGACGCGGAAACCCUCUACGAGCUGCUGACCCAGCACUGGCACCUGAAAACGCCCAACCUCGUCAUUUCUGUCACCGGCGGCGCCAAGAACUUCGCCCUGAAGCCGCGCAUGCGCAAGAUCUUCAGCCGCCUGAUCUACAUCGCGCAGUCGAAAGGCGCUUGGAUUCUCACUGGAGGCACCCACUAUGGCCUGAUGAAGUACAUCGGGGAGGUGGUGAGAGACAACACCAUCAGCAGAAACUCAGAGGAGAACAUCGUGGCCAUUGGCAUCGCAGCUUGGGGCAUGGUCUCCAACAGGGACACCCUCAUCAGGAAUUGCGAUGUUGAGGAGUAUUUUUCAGCUCAGUACAUUAUGGAUGACUUCAAGAGAGACCCUCUGUACACCCUGGACAGCAAUCACACGCACCUGUUGCUGGUGGACAACGGCUGCCAUGGACACCCCACAGUCGAAGCAAAGCUCCGGAACCAGCUAGAGAAGUACAUCUCCGAGCGCACUAUUCAAGAUUCCAAUUAUGGUGGCAAGAUCCCCAUUGUGUGUUUUGCCCAAGGAGGUGGAAAAGAGACUUUGAAAGCCAUCAAUACCUCCAUCAAAAGUAAAAUUCCCUGUGUGGUGGUGGAAGGCUCGGGGCAGAUUGCUGACGUGAUCGCAAGCUUGGUAGAGGCGGAGGAUGCCCUGACAUCUUCUAUUGUCAAGGAAAAGCUGGUGCGCUUCUUACCCCGCACAGUGUCUCGGCUGCCUGAGGAGGAGACUGAGAGUUGGAUCAAAUGGCUCAAAGAAAUUCUUGAAAGUUCUCACCUAUUAACAGUUAUUAAAAUGGAAGAAGCUGGGGACGAAAUUGUGAGCAACGCUAUUUCCUAUGCUUUGUACAAAGCCUUUAGCACCAAUGAACAAGAUAAGGAUAACUGGAAUGGGCAGCUGAAGCUUCUGCUGGAAUGGAACCAGCUGGACCUAGCCAACGAUGAGAUUUUCACCAAUGAUCGCCGAUGGGAGUCCGCUGACCUUCAAGAAGUCAUGUUUACUGCUCUCAUAAAGGACAGACCCAAGUUCGUCCGCCUUUUUCUGGAGAAUGGCUUGAACCUGCAGAAGUUUCUCACCAACGACGUCCUCACCGAGCUCUUCUCCAAUCACUUCAGCACCCUCGUGUAUCGGAAUCUGCAGAUUGCCAAGAAUUCCUAUAAUGACGCCCUCCUCACAUUCGUCUGGAAACUGGUGGCUAACUUCCGAAGAGGCUUCCGGAAGGAAGACAGAAAUAGCAGGGAUGAGAUAGACAUAGAACUUCACGACGUGUCUCCUAUUACUCGGCACCCUCUGCAGGCGCUCUUCAUCUGGGCCAUUCUUCAGAACAAGAAGGAGCUCUCCAAAGUCAUUUGGGAACAGACCAGGGGCUGUACUCUGGCAGCCCUGGGAGCCAGCAAGCUUCUGAAGACUCUGGCCAAGGUGAAGAAUGACAUCAAUGCUGCCGGGGAGUCGGAGGAGCUGGCAAAUGAGUAUGAGACCCGCGCAGUGGAGCUGUUCACAGAGUGUUACAGCAACGAUGAAGACUUGGCCGAACAACUGCUGGUCUAUUCCUGCGAAGCCUGGGGUGGAAGCAACUGUUUGGAGCUGGCGGUGGAGGCAACAGACCAGCAUUUCAUUGCCCAGCCUGGGGUCCAGAAUUUUCUCUCCAAGCAGUGGUAUGGAGAGAUUUCCCGAGACACCAAGAACUGGAAGAUUAUCCUGUGUCUGUUCAUUUUACCCUUGGUUGGCUGUGGCUUUGUAUCAUUUAGGUCCAAGAAGAAGCCCAUUGACAGGCACAAAAAGCUCCUGUGGUACUUCGUGGCGUUCUUCACCUCCCCUUUUGUGGUCUUCUCGUGGAACGUGGUCUUCUAUAUCGCCUUCCUCCUGCUCUUCGCCUACGUGCUGCUCAUGGAUUUUCACUCUGUGCCCCACGCCCCUGAGCUGGUCCUCUACGCGCUGGUCUUUGUUCUGUUCUGUGAUGAAAUGAGACAGUGGUACGUUAAUGGGAUGAAUUAUUUUACUGACUUGUGGAAUGUUAUGGACACUCUUGGUCUUUUUUACUUCAUAGCAGGAAUUGCAUUUCGGCUCCACGCUUCUAAUAAAACCUCUUUGUAUUCCGGCCGAGUCAUCUUUUGCCUGGAUUACAUUAUAUUCACGCUAAGGUUGAUCCACAUUUUCACCGUAAGCAGAAAUUUAGGACCGAAGAUCAUCAUGUUGCAGAGGAUGCUGAUCGACGUCUUCUUCUUCCUGUUUCUCUUCGCCGUGUGGAUGGUGGCCUUCGGGGUGGCCAGGCAAGGGAUCCUCAGGCAAAACGAGCAUCGCUGGAGGUGGAUAUUCCGCUCCGUCAUCUAUGAGCCCUACCUGGCCAUGUUUGGCCAAGUGCCCAGUGAUGUGGACGGCACCACGUACGACUUUUCCCACUGCACCUUUACCGGGAACGAGUCAAAGCCGCUGUGUGUGGAGCUGGACGAGCACAACCUGCCCCGGUUCCCCGAGUGGAUCACCAUCCCGCUGGUGUGCAUCUACAUGCUCUCCACCAACAUCCUGCUGGUCAACCUGCUGGUCGCCAUGUUUGGCUACACGGUGGGCACCGUCCAGGAGAACAACGACCAGGUCUGGAAGUUCCAGAGGUACUUCCUGGUGCACGAGUACUGCAGCCGCCUCAACAUCCCCUUCCCCUUCGUCGUCUUCGCUUACUUCUACAGGGUGCUGAAGAAGUGCUUCAAGUGCUGCUGCAAAGAGAAACACGUGGGAUCUUCCGCCUGCUGUUUCAAAAAUGAAGACAACGAGACUCUGGCAUGGGAGGGUGUCAUGAAAGAAAAUUACCUCGUCAAGAUCAACACCAAAGCCAAUGACACGUCAGAGGAAAUGAGGCAUCGAUUUAGACAGCUGGAUACAAAGCUGAAUGAUCUCAAGGGUCUUCUGAAAGAGAUUGCUAGUAAAAUCAAAUAA